UUCUAAAAAAACACACAAAAAUAAUUAAAAAAAAAAACCAAAAUAUUCUAUAUAUAUUCUUGAUUAAAAAAUUAUGCAUCGUUUUCGGCUAUGGAUUGACAAGAAGAGAUUUGCUUCUAACUCAUUGUUAACGACGGAGUAUGCGGCCGGCCUCACCAAAUUCAUGACCCUCAAAGAAAAUAAGGAGUCUUGCUUAGAAAGUGGUAUGAUGUGGUGUCCUUGUCCAAUAUGUAUUAUAAUGUAUUUAUUGAUAAGGCUUUAGUGUGGUCUCACUUAUAUAGAGACAUAAUUUUGCCGAGUUACAACGUUCGGUAUUAUCAUGGGGAAAGAUAUACAUAACACAGGGGUGGUACUAGUGGAAAUGUUCCAGAUAUGGUAGAAGAAAAAUAUUCGCAGAAGAGGCGGUACGGUUUAAAUGGUUCACGAUGCAUAUAGGAAAAAUAUGCAGUCUUUUCCAGAAGAAGAAAAUAAAGUAGAGUAAUCAUAUUUAGAAGCAAAAAGAUUUUAUGAAAUGUUGGAUGCAUCGAAGACACCAUAUAUCAAAAUUGUCGGGAAGGACAUUCUCUUUUAUUCGCUGCAACAAGGAUGAUGAAUAUAAAGGCGGAUUAAAAUUUUUCUAAAGAUUAGGUAGAUGCUUGGGCCUAUUUUGUGAAAGAGAUAUUCCCUAAAGACAACAUCUCACCGGUUUCUUAUAAUGAAAUUGAAAAGCUUGUUUCUGGUCUAGGUUUGCCAUAUCAGAUGAUCGAUGUUUGUAUCAACAUGUAUAUGAUUUACUGGCAAUCAAACGCAGAGUACUUACAUUUUCGAUUUGGUGGAAAGCCCUGGUUUCAGAAUACUAAUGGAUUUGUUUUUGUUUUGACACCCAUAUUGUAAGUGGUAUAACAAUGAUGAAGCAAAUAUUUUCAAUUUAUAAGCAAUAUAUCUUUUCCACUUGUUUAAAAACAAUAUAUUAAUAAUUUGAUAUAUCUCCUUUGUAUGUUUGCGAAAUAAUGAAAUAUUUCUUUCAACCUGAUUUUUCAAGGAUGAACAUUUUAUUCAUAUAUUCUUUCUCUUGAAACUUUAUUUCCUUUUUAUAGUAAUAAUAGAACGCACUCGACUCUACUACUUUACUCGCGUCUGUAAAGGCCCUUCACUCCUUACUCGAUAGCUCAAAGCUGACCGGAAUCCUCGUUUAUCGUACGUGCACUAUUUAGUUUUUUAACACUUAGAUGACAUUCUUAUUUGUAAAAAUUUUUAAUGAAUCCAGGUACAUAACUCGACCGAUUCCUUACUCGUUAGUUUCGUCAAUUAUUAAAUGAGGUAAACAGAAUCUACCUCUCUGUAAUUUCUCAAGAAAAACGGAAACUUUUCAGGUCACCAGGUCGAGUAGCAGACCCAGCCUAAAAUUUGAGGCGAUGCAAAAAUAAUGCAUUGUUGGAGAAUUGAACCCUGCACCUCAUGGUUUAGAAGUACAUUCUUAACCACUGGACCACUUAGUAUCAAUAUGUUCUAUAUAAAAUCAAUAACUUUAAUAUUUUACCAGGUGCAACUGCCUCCCUUUACACCAACGUAGGUCCGCCCCUGACCAUGUCAGUCCACUAUGACGCAUAUGAAAUAAGUGAACACUAGCAAUAAUUUUUUCUAUCCACUUUUCUCUUUUCUAAUAAUAUGCAACUUUCAUUUCCAAGGAUGAACAUUUUAUUCAUAUAUUAUUUCUCUUUCAAUUUUUUUUAUUUUUUGUGGCAGUAAUAGAAAUCACUCUAUAUAGUACUCUCUACUUUACUCGGGUCUCUAAAGGCCCUUCAUUCCUUACUCAAUAGCUCAAAGCUGACCGAAAUACUCGUUUAUCGUACGUGCACUAUUUAGUAUUAUCACUCUAAUCACAUUUUUUUUAAUGAAUCUUAGUUACAUAGCUCGACCAAUUCCUUACUCGAAAGCUUCGUCAUUUCUUAGAUGAGGUAAAACCGAAUCUAGCUCUCUGUAAUUUCUCAAAAAAACACAGAAACUUUUCAGCUCACCAUGUCAGUCCACUAUGAUGCAUAUAAAGUAAAUGAGCACUAGCAAUAACUUUUUCUGUCCACUCUAUAUAGGACUACACUACUUUACUCGGAUCAUCAAAGGCCCUUCACUCCUUACUCGAUAGCUCAAAGCUGAACGGAAUCCUCAUUUAUCGUACGUGCACUAUUUAGUUUUAUUACUCAGAUCACAUUCUUAUUUGUCAAUUUUUUUUUAUGAAUCCCAGGUAUAUAAUUAGACUGAUUCCUUACUCGACAGAUUCGUCAUUUUUUAGAUGAGAUAAAACUGAAUCUAGUUAUCUGUAAUUUUUCAAGAAAGGCGGAAACCUUUCAGCUCACCAUGUAUGUCCUCUAUGACACAUAUAAAGUAAAUGAGCACUUGCAAUAACUUUUUCUAUCCAUUUUUCUUUUUUCUAAUAAUAUGUAACCUGAUUUUUCAAGGAUGAUCAUUUGUUCAUAUAUUAUUUCUCUUGAAACUUUUUUUAUUUUUUGUGGCAAUAAUAGAACGCACUAUAUAUAGUACUCUCCUACUAUACUUUGGUCUCCAAAGGUCCGUCACUCCUUACUCGAUAGCUCAAAGCUGACCGGAAUACUCGUUUAUCGUACGUGCACUAUUUAGUGUUAUCACUCAGAUCACAUUUUUUUUAAUGAAUCUUAGGUACAUAAAUCUACUGAUUCCUUACUCGAAAGCUUCGUCAUUUCUUAGAUGAGGUAAUCUAGCUCUCUGUAAUUUCUCAAAAAAGACGGAAACUUUUCAGCUCACCAUGUCAGUCACUAUGACGCAUAUAAAGUAAAUGAGCACUAGCAAUAACUUUUUCUAUCCACUCUAUAUAGGACUACACUACUUUACUCGGAUCAUCAAAGGCCCUUCACUCCUUACUCGAUAGCUCAAAGCUGACCGUAAAUCCUCGUUUAUCGUACGUGCACUAUUUAGUUUUAUUACUCAUAUCACAUUCUUAUUUGUCAAUUUUUUUUGAUGAAUCCUAGGUACAUAACUCAACUGAUUCCCUACCCGACUGUUUCGUCAUUUCUUAGAUGAGAUAAAACCGAAUCUAUUUCUCUGUAAUUUCUCAAGAAAGACGGAAACUUUUCAUCUCACCAUGUCUAUCCACUAUGACACAUAUAAAGUAAAUGAGCACUAGCAAUAACUGUUUUUAUCUAGUUUAUUUUUUUCUAAUAGUAUGCAACCUGAUU